AUGGGGCCAGAGAGAGUGACCGCCCGGGAGCUGUGUGAGAACGACGACCUGGCCACCAGCCUCGUCCUGGACCCCUACCUCGGCUUCCGCACCCACAAGAUGAACAUCAGCCCCGUGCCCCCGCUGCGGCGACGGCACCACCUGCGCUCAGCGCUGGAGGCUUUCCUGAGGCAGCGCGACCUGGAGGCUGCGUACCGGGCCCUGACGCUGGGAGGCUGGAUGGCCCACUACUUCCAGAGCCGGGGCCCGCGGCAGGAGGCAGCCCUCAAGACCCACAUCUAUCGCUACCUCCGCGCUUUUCUGCCUGAAAGCGGCUUCGCCAUCCUGCCCUGCACGCGCUACUCCAUGGAGACCAACGGGGCCAAGAUUGUGUCAACCCGUGCUUGGAAGAAGAACGAGAAGCUGGAGCUGCUGGUGGGCUGCAUCGCCGAGUUACGAGAGGCUGACGAGGGGCUGCUGAGGGCCGGCGAGAAUGACUUCAGCAUCAUGUACUCGACCCGCAAACGCAGCGCCCAGCUGUGGCUCGGGCCCGCUGCCUUCAUCAACCACGACUGCAAGCCAAACUGUAAGUUUGUGCCUGCAGAUGGCAACGCGGCCUGCGUGAAGGUGCUUCGGGACAUCGAGCCGGGGGACGAGGUGACCUGCUUCUACGGCGACGGCUUCUUCGGGGAGAAGAACGAGCACUGUGAGUGCUACACCUGUGAGAGGAAAGGCGAGGGGGCUUUCCGGCUGCGGCCCAAGGACCCCAGGCCGCCCCCGUCGCAGACCCAGGACAAGUACGAGCUCCGUGAGACCAAGCGGCGGUUGCAGCAGUGCCAGGAAGGCAGCGGCUGGCGGAGCCCGCGGGGCCUGCGCUCCUGCGCCCACCCGUCCCCCCUGCGCCGGGACCUCUUCUGUGCCAUCUGCCAGCCUCUCCCCAGCAACCCCGACACGGCAACGCCCAUCUGGCUGCAGUGGCUGCUGCAGCCCCUGGCCCGGCCUCGCCCCCGUCGACGACGCAGGCCCCGGCCCCGGCAGCCCCCUGCGGCCCCCAGCCUUCCCGUCGCCCGCGUCUCCUUGCACCCGUGGGGAGGCUGUGGCCCCCAGUGUCGCCUACAGGCAGAGGCACGGGUCUCUCUGGGCCGCCUUCCCCGUGCCCGCUGGGCCCCACAGCAGGACUGGCACUGGGCCCGGCGCUACGGGCUGCCCCACGUGGUGCGUGUGGACCUCAGCCGUCUGGACCCGCCACCGCCGGCUGCCCCUGCUGGGGCCCCAGUUCCCAACCCUGUCCCCAAGCAGACCCUGUCCUUCACACCCUUCUCCCCACCCAAGCGCCUGCGGCUGGUGGUCAGCCACGGCUCCAUCGACCUGGACGUGGCCAGAGACGAGCCCUGA